UUCAAACACCUCACUUUCCCUCUUUCUCUCUCUCUCUCUCGAUCGUCCUUUCUCAGUAGAACCACAGCAGAAAAAGGGAAGAAAACCUCCUUUUAUCUAUUUCUCUCGUAACUAACUCUAUCAUCCCUCUCUCCCAUAUGGGUUUCUUGACAUUGGUCGCUGCUCUGCUACUAUUAGCAGCAGAAACAAGUGGGAGCUUCUUGACGAGCAGCAGUGACAGUGAGGGUACAUUUCCCAGAAACAGCAGCAGCGGGAGAAGAGAAGCAUUAGGUGUGAGCAAAUGCAAUUGGUUCCAAGGGAAAUGGGUCUACGAUUCUUCAUACCCUCUCUACGACCCUGCCAAAUGUCCAUUCCUAGAUCCAGAGUUCGACUGCCUCAAAUUCGGCCGACCCGACAAGAAUUACGUCAAGUACAGAUGGCAGCCCUUCGCCUGCAAUCUCCCCAGGUUUAAUGGGUUGAACUUGCUGGAGAAAUGGAGAGGGAAGAAGAUAAUGUUCGUGGGGGACUCGCUGAGCUUGAACCAGUGGCAGUCUCUGGCCUGUAUGAUUCAUUCCUGGGUCCCCAACUCCAGAUACUCCCUCGUCAGGACUGAAGCCCUGUCUUCUGUGACCUUCCUGGAGUAUGGAGUGAGGAUAUUGCUGUACAGAACGCCAUACCUGGUGGACAUCGUCAACGACAGGAAAGCAGGACGAGUCCUCAAACUGGACUCCAUCGCCAACGGCAACGCCUGGCGCGGAAUGGACGUCCUCAUCUUCAACUCCUGGCACUGGUGGACUCACACAGGCAGAACUCAGCCAUGGGAUUACAUACAAGACGGCAACAAGCUGUACAAGGACAUGAACAGGCUAGUGGCGUACUACAAAGGGCUCACGACGUGGGGCAGAUGGGUGGAUCGCAACGUCGAUCCACGGAGGACUAAAGUCUUCUUCCAGGACAUCUCCCCAACGCAUUACGACGGCAGGGAGUGGAACCAGCCGUCGCAGACGUGUUCAGGGCAGACCCAGCCCUUCUUUGGGGUAAGGUACCCUGCUGGGAUGCCUCCCGCGUGGGCGGUGGUGAACAAGGUGUUCAGCAGGAUCAAGAUCAGGCCAGUGUACCUUAUGGACGUCACCGGUAUGUCGUUGUACAGGAAGGAUGCUCACCCUGGUUCCUACAGCGGACUCCACUCGGGCACCGAUUGUAGCCAUUGGUGCCUUCCUGGCCUCCCUGAUACCUGGAACCUAAUCCUCUACUCAGCUUACAUCAGUUAGCUACGACUCCGAUUCGGAAUUAGAGUCUUACACUACCAAAGGUGACUAUAGGAAUCAUUGCUUCGAUGAUUAUAGGAAUCGACUGAGUGUAUUGUUGUUCUUUUCCAAGAUUUUUUUUGGGUUUGGGUUUUGUAUGUUCUUGUGGCAAGUAUGGAAUAAGGUGGGUUUGGUGGAGGGGGGGUCAAUUCAUAUCAUAUGUGUGCAUAUUCAUCUGGUGUAAAUUUUCAUUGCAUUGUUUGAGGGAAAACAUUGAAUUUUUCCUUGGUAGUUGAAAGAAAUGGAAAUCUCCUUUGUGAAAUAAAGCUUGUGCUGCAUUUCAGAAAUUCUAUGCAGUUCCUUCCUUGCUUUUGCAAUAUGUCAACGGGUUAGUUGCCCACUUGCCAUACAUUACCUAAUUUCCAGAUUCACCUGCACAACGCCUUUCAAGGGCAUGCUAUAGAAGGGGAAUUGGCUUAUUGACGAGAUCAGUAUAACAAUAACUGGGCACGGCUUACACGGAGCAUUAGCAGCUCCGAGUGAAACAUUGUAGCAAAUGGGCAAAACCAAGAGCGAAGAUGGAGGCCACAAGCGCUGUCCAGGCACCGCAUUCGUCUAUGCCUCCCCUAGAGUUGGAGACAACAACUUCCAUCCCAAGUCGCUGGAGAAUCUGCAUCCAGAUACUAUUCCGGUAUUACCCAACGACAGGAUACACCGAUCACCCUGAAGCCAAACUACCUCAAGCUAACCAGGAGGUACAUCUGCAUGCGAGGAGUUGCUGGAUUGCAAGGGACCAAAGGUGGCUUUUGGCUAGACGUUGGGAGGAGAAGAUUUCGAGCAAAGUUAGAAACAGAGAUGCGAGUCUUACAAAGGGCUCAGUUGGGAUAGAUAACAACGGAAUAAAACAUAACGAUGCAGAAAGCAUCUGCUUUCCUAAUACAAGAUAGCAAACUUGCUCGACUUUUUUAUCAGAUUCUUAUUCGCUUGUGAAGGUAAGGCACAAGCACAGAAUAAUUAUGCACACACGCUUCACAGAAACCCUGUAAUGUAAUUCCAGGAAAUCAGCUUUGUCUAUGUACCUCAUUGAAGAUCAUGCGAACAAUCAUUAGACAGGACACGCUUGAAAAUAACCUCAUAUCAAAUCUAGUCUAGGGAUGACCAGAGUAGAAAGAAAAGAUGAAAUGAGACGGAAAUCCGAAAGCUAAAGGAAUAAUAACAACAGCAGGCAAGUUGAUUGGGGAUCGAAGGGUGAUCAGCAAGGUAUCUGAGAAGUGAACCACUCCAUUACAUGAAUCGGAGCUUUAAUCAACUCCAGAGCCAAUUCCACAAUGAUCGUCACGCACAAGCAACACGGGCAUAUACAUGUCAACAGCAACCUGCACCAAAAAUUAUUGCUUCCCCUCUUGAUUAAAUUGGUCAAACAGUUAACGAUCAAAACUUUUUGAAGUCAGAUGAUUGCCUAUGGGGAAAAAAACCUCAAACACAGAACGAAUCGAACUCAAGAAGCCUGUAGUACGCGGUAAAUCAGAGGUAGGAAGGAAGGAAGAGGGAGAAAAGUGCGAAAGGGGAAAGAACAUGACUAACCCGACAAUCCAGAUGAUGACUCCGACUAUGGAGAUGAGGAGAGAAAGGAAGGCAAAGGGGAGGCCUAAGAGGAAGCCCAAAGGCCUGCAAUCUCCAUCGCAGCACAUAUCUUUUCAAUGCUUUCUUCUGUCCUGGGAAUUGAGUUCUGAAAGACUUUCUCUCCGGUUUUGACUUUCAGGCCUGUUUCUGGCUGGAAACUUCCUUCCUCCUUUCGCCUCCUCUCCUUUGUGCUUCUUUAUAAUUUGCUGUUAUGGACCUUUUGGGUAGUGUGACAGUAAUAAUGGAGAUGGCGUAUA